AUAUAUAAAAUAUAUUAAAUAAAAUAAUAUAUAAUAAUAUUGUAUUAAAUUUGUAUGUAAAUAUCUCAUACAAUCUAAUAAUGUAAUUAAAACCCUAAUCGUAAUCUGACUUAAUUUUGGAAUAAAGUAUUGAAUAAAAUUUAUUGUCUUGGAGAGAUGUUGCAUCCCUUCUGCAUGUCUGUAAAUCAGGCUAUUCCUGACGAAGUCUUGGCCACAUUAUGUUCAUAUUGCAAGCUUCACAAACAUAAAUUCUUUCGGCGCUGCGCAUUUUUAAUUCCUAUUAACUAAAUAAAUCCACAAAAUGGUCACAAUCGAGCAAAUAAACAGCUAUUUUGCCAAUCUCAAUCCUGUUGCCCAAAAGAUUGCGUUCGACAUAAGCGAAGUAAAGGCGGCUUAUGAUAAUGUGUGGUUUACAUUGAAGUCAACUGAGCAAGAUGAUAUAUUGAAUGAUACUAUGAUGAAACCCGAAAUAGCUACACGAUACAAUCAAAAUAUAUUAAGUUUUAACGCUGUUCCUGAAAUAAGCGAAGAUAUGAAGAAAGGGCCUACGAAAUGCCAGAAAUUUAAAAAUAAUUAUUAUAAUUAUGAUAAAAAAUCUCUAAAUACAUUCAAUAUUCAAAAAGUCGGGUUAAAAAUGAUCCACGACGAGACCAUUGGCGACUACCGCGAUGAGCAUUCAUUCCCAUUCAGUUAUAAAACCCAAUCUCAAAUAAACCUAUCUGUGAUCGUUAGCAAUAGCGGUAUUUUUGUUAGUGGCGACAAGGAUCAGGUUGUCAACGAAUCAAGUAUUGGUGUUGGCAAUGCACCGAUUAUGACUGUUAAUAGCAAAAUGGAAGACACAGCAUUUAUUUUAGCGCGUAUUUUUCUUGGUUCUAAUUUCGACUAUGUGGCAACCUUCUGGGACAUAUGGCGCGACACAAGCAAACAUGGCGUUUAAAAAAGUGUAUAUCAAUAAUUAAAUGUAAAAAAAAAACGAAAAAACACUUCCAGAGAAGCGGUCACGAGCAUGCGCCCAAUCGAGUAUAGACGUCAAUCAUCCAAUUUCCUAUUGGCGGAGAAUCUUUGUAAAUUGUUUAGAUAUAGUUGCCAUCUAGCGUACACAUGGUCCAGCUGAGGGUCUAUCGCUGUUCAGCGUAACCGUGACAUUAAAUGGAUAUUUUAAUAAUAAUUGCAACACAGAAAUCUUUUAAAAUUGUGGUCUGCGGAAGAAGAAUAGUCUUUCUAUGUAGGAGUUUAUCGAGAUAUCUGACUAAAUAAGAUUAAUUAGACUUAGCUAAUUUCAGAGAAAUAUAACAUACAUACAUACAUACAUAUCUAUUGUGCUCGAAAAAAUUGUUUUUAUAUGACUAUGACGGACAAGC